GGGGGGGCCCUCCACCCGCUGAUUUGUCGAGUGGCCCGAAGGUCUCGAGAGUGCUCGAGUCGCGCUCGUAGUCGAAGGAUAUAGUUCGGUGACGUUUGUUUGUGCAGGUAUGUUGUGAUCGUCGGUCAAGUGAUGAUGCGCUGUGAAUGUGGGGUCAACGAUGUGCUUUAGAUAUCUCGAGCCGGCUCGGACGUUUUAUUUAUGCCGCGUCUUAUUCCAUCGAUUACGAUAGAGAGCGUUGAGUUUCGAUGGUAUUUACGAUGAAUAGUAAAGGACUUCGAGUGCAGCCUUGAGACACCCGGCCGCGGCGGGACCACGUCAUGCCCCUCGAGGCCUAUAUGCAUAUGUCCAACUCGUCCGGGAGCAGUAUAAACUCGCCCCUCGGGCCGGCGGCGUCGUGCGGCAUGGCGGCCAACCCGUACGCCGUGCCGCUGUACGGCGGCGCGCCCGUGCAGGGCUACGGCUGCGCGCCCGCCGACCUGCCGCACUACGGCGACAUGCGCGGCGCCGGCUGGUACCCCGCCUCCAACGACCCCAGGUUUGCCAUUUCCAGGCUAAUGACGUCGACGUCGGGUGGCAUGGGGCACGUCAACCAGAUGGGCGGACUGGCGGCGUGUGCUGGCCCCGACGCCAAGCCCAUGCAGUUCCCGCUCGCGCAGAGAAGGAAACGGAGAGUGCUGUUCACGCAAGCGCAGGUGUACGAGCUGGAGCGGCGGUUUAAGCAGCAGAAGUACCUGUCGGCGCCCGAGCGAGAGCACCUCGCCUCGCUUAUACACCUCACGCCCACGCAGGUUAAAAUAUGGUUUCAGAACCAUCGCUAUAAGUGUAAGAGACAGGCCAAGGAGAAGGCGAUGGCGGAGCAGAACCAACACAAUCAGUCUGCAUCAUCACCACGAAGGGUAGCUGUGCCAGUGCUCGUCAAAGACGGCAAGCCAUGCGGGUCAGGGGAGUCAUCCUCACCAGCUCACAGCCACUGCGCCACCCCUACCUCGGGGUACUCCGCCCCCCAACCCUCGCAGGCAGCGUGCAGCAACCCCCUGGUCUCAUCCUACCGCCAGCCCACAGCCUACCAGCAGCAAUGCUCAGGAUACCUCCCCCUCCAGGGCAGGGCCUGGUAGAAGUUCCCACAGCUUUACCAUGAGACAAUGUUCAAAGAAGAGAUGUAUUUCGAUUAACCUACACAUUAUUUCAAAUUGUUUGAUAUUGACAUUAUUUGUGUUGCCAUGUUUGAAAAAUUACUCUUCCUAUUUUAUGCCAUUAAAAAUAUAUUGAAAUAUUGUAUUGCUGCACUAAACUUGUGAUUAUUGUUAGACCUGACUUUACACUAUUGCUUGAACUGUGCUUUAACUUUUAACGAAUACUGAAAUAUUGUUGUGCAAAUGCUGUUUCAACUCAAAACCCAUGCCUUUUAAUCCAUGCCAAUUAAUACCUGUACGGAAAUCUAUUCAUGCAAUAAUAAAAGCACAAUAAUUCUCCAAUUUAUUUUUUUAAAUUUUAAUAUCUUCUGUAUAUACAGGGUGUUUGGU